AGCGGCCAUGCUGCCAACCUGCCGCCUGACUAACUCACUUUAAUUCACGGCUUCGCUCAGCUCAGCACAGAAGCGCGCUUGGUCUCAGCAGCAGCGCUCCCAGCCUCGCCGAGCCAGGCGCUUGCCAGACUGCAGAAGCCGCCGCCACCGCCGCACGCUGCUCAGCCAGGGGCAGGGAGCUCCCGCCCUCAACCGCAGCUCGUGUGGCUGGACCCCGAGGUCGGGGGGGGGGGGUAGGAGCGGCUUCCCGCUCGCCAUCCGAGGCGGGCAAGAGGCAAAGCAGGGCGAAGGCCAGACUGGAGCGGAGUCAAAAGUCCCGCUUUCCUCAGGCACCUCGAGGACUUUUGCGCGCCGGUGUGUGUUCGGCGUGCGCCGCUUUUGCCCAGUUCUCACCCGCGCCGCCCCCCUGCCCUAACGAUCCGCGCUCCUGGGUGGAGGGACUGCAAAACCCGUGAGCCACCGCCGCUUGCGAGAAUCGCUCUUGACCUUCGCUUCCCGCGGGAAGGAGAGGCUGCUGCUUGCCCGGGUCGCAUCGCGGGGGAUGGUGCUGCUGGGCUCCGGGCCAACGGCUGCUCGUCACCUACACCGGAGAGGAAGGCAUUCGCGGGGAGAAAGAGGCGAGCCGAGCGGUGUAGGGCGCUCCCGCCGUCGGUCUCCAGUACCCUAAAACAGCCGGAAGGGAGCCCCCUGGAGCGGCGGGAAGCGAGCGGCGUGCGGGACUUCAAGGAGCGAGCCAAUCGGGGCGCGGAGGAAGAAAUUCGGCCCUAACCGUAGCGAUUAGCACGCCGGGGGUCCCUUGCAAGAGAGCAGCCUGAGCAGCUCCGGCCGUGGAAGGCGGGGAGGGCGGCGGUGCGGCUGCCUCUCCAGGACUGGGAGCUGUUAACCAGGCUGAAAUCCACGCGCAGAACUUGCUGAGCAUUCAUUGGCUGCGAAGGGCGGCCUCCCUCUGCCGGGGAUCUCGCUCUCGUCCUAACUCAGUUGAUUAACUGACUGGAUCGCUUCAAGAUCCGUCCGUCUUUCAGCCCUAAACCAUCCCUGUUGAGAGCCGGCGAAAAGUCCCGGGGCUUUCAAAGACCAGCACUAGGUGUCCAUGGAUGUGAGCCAUAUAGAAGAAACUCUUCUCCUAUAUGUCCAACAAACAGAGCUCAGAAAGUGAGACCCUCUGCACCUAAUGCCCAGAAUGGUUCCUCCCCCUCCUAUUAACAAGUCCCAUGUCUGCCUAUCCACUACACUCAUCAUGAGCAGCAUGGUGCUGAUGGAUGCUUAUCUAGUGGAACAGAACCAGGGUUCUAGGAAAUUGGCUAUUUGCAUCAUGGUCUCAGUUGGAGACAUUUGCUUCCUGGUGAUACUCAGGUAUGUUGCUGUUUGGGUUGGGGCUGAAGUGAGGACUGCUAAGCGAGGCUAUGCCAUGAUUCUUUGGUUCCUGUAUGUCUUUGUGCUGGAAAUCAAAGUCUACUUCGUUUAUCAGAACUAUAAGGCUGACAGGAAAAGUUUGGACCUCAUAGCCCGCAAAGCAUUGACCCUUCUACUGUCAAUCUGCAUCCCAGCCCUCUAUGUGCUUUUGGUGGCUACAGAGCAUAUGGAGUACGUCAGGACGUUCAAGAAAAAGGAGGACCUUCGCAAUCGUCUCUUCUGGGUCAUUGUCGACAUGCUGGAUGUCCUGGACAUUCAGGCCAAUCUCUGGGAACCUCAGAAGAAAGGGUUACCCAUCUGGGCUGAAGGCCUGAUGUUCUUCUACUGCUAUAUCCUCCUCUUGAUUCUGCCUUGUGUGUCGCUGUGUGAAAUUAGUAUGCAAGGAAUCAGCAUUGUGCCGCACCGCAUGAUGCUGUACCCAAUUCUGAGCAUGCUUACAAUCAAUAUCACCACCAUCUUCAUCAGGGGAAGCAAUAUGUUAUUCUUCCGGGACAUUCGUGUCUCUGGUAUCUUCAUGGGGAAGAACGUGCUGGCCAUUGUUCUUAAGAUCUGCAUGUUUGUGCAGUACAAGAAACAUUUGUAUCACACAUCAGCAGGACAUGGCACAGUAGAACCGCAGCAUAAUCUUCCUUCCCAACCACAGCCUGUCAUGCAUCUACUAAAGCCCCAGAAUCAGAUUCCCUGCCCUGAGGAAUUGGCCCAGGAAAACACAUGACAUGCAGCACAUCCACAUGCCAUGUGGCAAGGAACAUCUUAUGUCUAUGAUCAUUAAGAUCAAAAGCAAAGUGGAACCAAAUGUAUCAGGCCCCACCAAGCCAGUGCUGGUCCAUCUUGAAAGUUUAUCAGUGAGUGCUCCCUCCCCUUCCUUUCUUACACAGAUGUACUGCUAACAGUGACCUCAGUUGAAAUAAGGUCAUUUCAGGAAUGAGCCAGAACAAAACCUAGCCCUACUGCCAAGGAGCAAGCUAGAAAGCCGUAGAAACUGAUGGGCAAAUCUUUGGGAAAGUAUGGGCCACUGAAUCAAUAAUCUGCCAGUGGAUGGGAGUCAGCAGCAAGUGAUUAAUUCCCUCCUGUGCCUUUCCUGUAGUCAAUCAUUCUGUAAUGAAAGCUGUUUGGGCAUAUGGCCAACUCUGUUGCAUAGAAUACAUCUGUGAAUAUGAGGAAAGCAUCUUUUCACCUACCGGGCACAUACAUUCAAAAUGUGACCUUCCUUUCUGGGAUGGUUGAAAGACUCUGCAUCUGUGCCUGCCUGCCUGCCUGCCUAUUUAAUUUUCUGGGAGUGGGAUGCCCAGGUUUGUAAUGGUUCCAGGACCAUGUUCUCUUUCCUGUGGAAACAUGCUGGCUUGUGAUCCUUUUCCCAUGCUUGUUUUUCAUGGAUAUUUUUCUCUUUCAAUAAAAUGAAGACAAAGCUUGAAGGUUUGUCCCAUUUCCCUGUGCAGGUACCUUGCAACAUCUUUCAGUGAUCAGGUUAGCGUUUAUGCUUCAUACUGUCCUGAAGGAUAAGAAGGUUAUGAGUGACUGCAAGAAACCAAGGGGAGAGAAAUAUACAAAACACUACCCACUUGGUUUCUCAGGUCAAGGAGUUGUUUAACUCCUUUUAAAAUCCACCUAAGGUACGGUUUCAAACUAUACAUUGAAAAUUGGUUAGGAUUGGCAUUUAAAAUGUUUUCUUACUGGAUCAUGGAGCUACAGGGGCAGCUAUGCUUGUCAAACAAUAUUGUCACCCUGACAGUAAUUGUGUAGAGACAGCCCUAGACGUGCCAGACAGGAAGAAUAAAGAGAAAAUUUCCAAGCCCAUCUCCUUUUCCAGAUGCAAGAGUAUUCCACUUUAUUGCAUCCGUGGCGAGGCGGUGGACAGACAUUCUUGUUUUUGUGCUGUAUCAGGCUCCUGUAGAAUUUUAUUUACAAGGCAAAUUCUCUGAAUAUUUAGGGUUUUAUAUAUUUAUAUCAAAAAUUCACAAUUGGCCUCUUUCUACAUUAUAGACCCACUGUAAUAACUUCCUACCUGCCUCUAGGCCAGGAAUCCUUUUAAUUGUGGAAUAGGAGAGAAUGUU